AUGUGUAGACAAGCAAGCUGUACGACCUGCCAGAAGGAAACUUGGUUUGGCUGCGGUCAACAUUUACCAUCCGCCUUCUCUUCGAUUCCUGUCGAUGAACAAUGUACUUGCAUACCAAAGUUUGAAAAAGACGGGGUCCAGUAUCCACCGAAAGUUGGUACCGGCACAGCACAGGGUGCCGGAGAGGAGGGGGAUGUUGUCAUACACGACUUGAAGCGCGAUACAUGA